GUGGAUAUUUAUGCCGAGCAAUAAUUUCUAAUAAUUUUUGCACUGUAAAUAAAUUUUAUAAUUAUUUCAUAAAGAGAAUAAACAGAACAAGUUAUCUUUGCGAUAUGCGUGAAUAUUUCCGUACCCGCAUCUCUAUUUAGAACAGACUACCUACCCGAAAAGGUAUAUUGAUGAGAUGCGCAAAACGAAAAAAAGAUCAUCAAAAUUUCGCACAGGUCACGGCAGUUAGGUGUGGAGAUCGUGGUGGUGACUGGCGUUGUGACUUGUGUUACCAUUGUAAUAAAAAAAUUAAUGAUAUAUUAUUUGAAAUGGCAAUAUCGAUUGUUUUCCGUCUUCUUUGAAGAAAGAGCUGACAUCAAUUACCAGUAAUAAGGUUUCAUCUAGUCAAAUUUUAUUCAAGUUACUAAAAAUGGUUGUAACAUUAUGUUAUAUUAUUUUUCCCGUUGUUCUGAUUGCUGGUUUUUUGAGAAAGUGUAGAGAAUAUUCAUGGGGUAAAUGCAAAAAUAAAAGUAAUUUAGAAGGUCGGGUUUUCAUUGUAACUGGUGGAAAUUCUGGAAUUGGAAAAGAAACUGUUCGUGAGUUGGCUAAACGAAAAGCUACUGUUAUUCUGGCCUGCAGAAAUUUGCAAUCAGCAAAAGCAACAAUUCAAGAAAUAAGAAGUUCUACAUUGGGUGCUGAAUUAAUUCCUAUGGAACUUGAUUUGUCUUCCUUGACUUCCAUUAGACAUUUUGCUGCAGAAAUACUAAAAAAUUUUCCAGAAAUUCAUGUUCUAAUAAAUAAUGCUGGAGUGUAUGUGCCAUUACAAGAUAGAGAUAAGGAACUUACAAAAGAAGGUUUUGAAAUCCAUUUUGGAGUUAACCACUUAGGCCAUUUCUUGUUGACUAAUCUUUUGUUGGAUAAAUUAAAACAAUGUGCUCCAAGCAGAAUUGUAGUUGUUACAUCAAAACUUUUGGAAUCUGGAACAAUCGAUUUUGAUAACUUAAAUGGGGAAAAAAAGUUACCAGUGAAAGGACGCAUGAACCCAGGGUAUUGUAAUUCAAAAUUAGCAAAUGCAUAUUUUGCUAAUGAACUUACAAAAAUGACAAAAAAUAGUGGUGUAAGCGUGUACAUGGUAUGUCCUGGUUUUGCUUACACCGGCUUAUUCAGGCAUGUAAAAAGAAGCUGGUUCCAUUACAUACUUUUUUCUCCAGUAGCACUAUUAUUCUUAAGAACUGCAAAUCAAGGUGCCCAAACAAUCUUACAUUGUGCUACUGAUCCAGCUCUGGUCAAUGAAAGUGGAAAAAUGUACAGGGACUGUAAAGAAUAUAAAAGUAAGAAAGAGUUAGUGCCCGAAAUUGGUCAUAAAUUGUGGGAUGUAAGUGCCCAGUUGACUGGUCUUGAACAAGCUUCUACUUAAUUUUACACUUUCUAGUUUUAAGUUCAUUUUUUAAUUAUUGAUAAUUAUAUUUAAAUUAAAAUUCAUUUUCAUAUUUAAAAAGAUAUUAUUAAAAAAAUACUACUGAUGAAAUUUAUCCUGAACAUUGUAUAAUUUAUGAGCAACUAAAUUUCAUAUUUUGUAAUCCCUGAGAAAAGUAUCUUUUUAAACUCAGAGGUAAAAAAAGGCCCAAAUCUAUGUUAUUGGUAUAUACUGGGACAAUGAUAUGAAGCAACAUAGAUUUUAUUAUUAUUAUUUUUUAAUGAUAUAAUUAACAAUAAAAUAUAUAUCAUUUAUGUUAAGUGAAUUGAUUAAAAUUGUUUCAUAAAAUAAUUUUAUAAAUCUCAAAAAUCAUCAAAGCAAACUUUUAAAGUUCUUAACUUUAUGAUUUUUUCUGUAUAAUUUAUCACAGCACAUAAAUGUAUAUUAAAAAUGUGCUAUUUCUUAUCUAAUUAAAAAAACAACUUGUAUUUGAAUAGUCAGACGCUCAAAUUAGAUGUAAUUAUCUAGUGCCAUAAAAAUGUGAAAAUCGUAAGCAAUCUGUUUGAAAAAGAAAGAAUGAGUUCAGAAAUAUAUAUUUUGAAAAUUAGUAGUAAACUUCUAGAAGAGUAUAGUAUUUAGCUUAAGAACUGUAAAUUUUUUUUCAAUAAACUAAAAAUUGACCUAUGUUAUUUGAACAUAAUCUUAAUACAUGAUUAAAUGGCAUAGGCGUAGAAAAGGUAAAAAUUAGAAUCGUGUGAACAGUCCCAAAAUCAACAAUUUUUAUUUCAUUCUCUUAGAAAUACAACUGCGAUAUUUUUUUAUAUGUACAAUCUAGAUUUUAAUAAUUUCAUUUAAGAGAGACUCAAGUCUGUAAAAAUUAGGUCUAUUUAUACACAUUAUGUACAUUUAAGUUAUUUACGUAAAUAAAAUAAAUAAAAUUUGGAUUUGUGUAAAAUAU